AUGGAGCAAGAACUCCUGUCGCUCCUGGCAGACACGCAGUCCCCACGGGCGGACGCCAGGAAAGCCGCGGAAGCCCAACUGGCCCAGCUCUACUCAAACGAAUCCUUCCCCAUCUCCCUCACAGCCAUUGCCUCGCACGAGUCCGUCCCCGUCAACCUGCGCCAAUCGGCCCUUUCCGUCCUGCGUACCUUCAUCGCGGCCGCCUGGUCGCCCAAUCUCGACGAAUUCACGGGCCAGGUGCUUGUCGCCGACGCCAACAAGACACAAAUCCGCCGCGCGCUGCUGGAUCUCGCGACCACUGUCGAGACUCCCGAGCGCAAGGUAAAGGCUUCCGCUAGCUAUGCCGUCAGCAAGAUUGCCAGCGCAGAUUUCCCGGACGAUUGGCCAGAGCUGUUGCCCUCGCUGCUGCAUGUUAUCAACAACGCUGCCACGAGCGAUGCGGCGCUGCACGGCGCGUUGAAGGUGCUGCUGGACCUUGUGGAUACUGGGUUUAGUGAGGAGCAAUUUUUCAAUGUCGCUCGUGACCUAGUCGCGUCUCUAUUCGCCGUGGCGACGUCCGAGUCUCGUCGGCCGAUGCUGCGGGCGCUUUCGGUUGCGGUGUUCCGGUCCUGCUUUGAUACGCUGGAAAUGGUCCUGGAGCAGCACAAGGCGGCGAUUAAGCAGUUUGUCGAUGAGGUCUUAAGCGCGUGGUCGCCAUACUUUGUCGAGACGUUGAAGGCGCCAUUGCCUCAGCCGCCUAGCCAGGAGGAAGCAAACAAAGCGGGGGAGAUUCCGUCGCAGUGGCGUGGAAUGAUUGGUCUGAAGCUUCAGGUUGUGAAGACUGUCAUGAAGAUCCGCAUGGUCUUCCCCGGCCUUUUGACGGCGCAGAGCUCGACCUUCUUCUCGACGGUCUGGACAGAGCUCACCAAUGCGCUGCCUAUCUACCAAAACUUCUUCAUUGAAGACGAACGUCAAGGACGCUUAGAGGAUAUGGAUGGUCUCCCUUACUCGCUCGAUUUUCUUGUUCUGGAGGAAUUGGACCUCAUCCAAGCCCUCUUGAAGGCUCCUCCCGUGAAGGCAGAGCUGACACAGCAACUACAGAGCGCUGGCUCUGCUGCUAGCUCAUCCAGCUGGCUGCCCGAGAUCAUGAAGCUUGCCAGUAACUACUCACAGAUUACCUCGGAAGAAGAAGGCCUGUGGGAGAUUGACGUUAACCUAUUCCUGUCGGAGGAGACCUCGGUCACGGCAAACUACACGCCUAGAACGUGCAGCGGAGACCUGGUUGUCAAGCUUGGCGAGUGGCUGAAGGAGACGGCGGCCGAGGGAGUCCUGGGUUACCUGAACACUCUUUUCGCCGACACCUCUGCGUCGUGGAAGGCCCGUGAGGCUGCCCUCUACACCAUCAAUGCCCUCCUCCGGGACUUCGGCGAAGUCUCUCAACAAAUUUCUCCAGAACUCGCCACUCACUUCACCCAGUUCAUCCACUACGCAAUGCAACAAGAGCAAGAGCUCCUGCGUGCACGAGGCUAUCUCGUGGCCGGUGCCCUCGCCAAGGUGGCCGGGGAGGCCUUCCAACAGACCACCGUAUCCUACCUCGAAGCCACCCUGAAAGCCAUCGCCGACGAUCCCGCCGAGGUGGUCAAGGUGGCCUGCAUUCGGGUCCUGCAAGACCUCGUCCCCUCUCUGCCCGUCAGCGUGGCCCGUCCCUUCCAGGUGACCGUCAUCUCCGCCCUCUCCGAGUUCGUCUCAGCACACGACCUGCGCGAACAGACGGACUGCGACGAUCUCAAGGUCACACUAGCCGAGACACUCCGCGACACCAUCAUGGCAGACUCGACCGUGGUCCUGUCGUCGCUCGCCAUCGACGUGCUCUUCAACAUCGCCAGCAGCGGCGCAGAGAACUUCCAGUUGACGAUGACCGUGACCGAGGCCUUCGAGGACAUUGUGGAUCAGAUCGCCGAGCACGGGCCGGAGGCGUACGUGCGUCUCUGCGAGAAGGUGCUCCCCUCGCUGAUGGGCGCCAUCGACGUGGGCAACCUGACUGAGGAGAACGAGCUGACCGUCUUCGCGGCGGACCUGCUCCGGGCUCUCGCCGAGCGCAGCCUCGAGCCCAUGCCGGCGGGCUUCGUGGAGACCGUCAUGCCGAAACUCAACCGCCUGCUGCAGGAAUCGGACGAGGCUGAGCUGAUCCGGCCCGCGACCGAGGCGGUGCGCCACAUGCUCUCACACGACUUUGCGCAGUUCGUCGCCUGGCGCGACCCCCAGUCCGGCAAGGAGGCCGUUGAGGUGGUCCUGGUGAUCAUCGACCGCCUGCUGGGCCCGGCGGUGGACGACAACGCCGCCACCGAGGUCGGCCAGCUGGCGGCCGAGCUGGUGGAGCGCGCCGGCUCCGAGCUUCUGGGACCAUACCUGCCGCAGCUGCUGCAGGCAGUGGCGCAGCGGCUGGCAACGGCGCAGCAAGCGCAAUUCAUCCAGAGCCUGAUUCUGGUGUUUGCGCGGCUGACGCUCAUCAGCGCCCGCGAGGUGGUCGACUUCCUGGCACAGGUGAACCUGGGCGGGCAGAGCGGGCUGGUCGUGGUGCUGAGCAAAUGGCUGGAGAACUCGGUCAACUUCGCCGGCUACGAGGAGAUCAAGCAGAAUAUCUUCGCACUGGCGCGGCUAUACGAGCUGUCGGACCCGCGGGUGGCCGAGGUGCCCGUCAAAGGGGACCUCAUCAUCACGGACACGGGCCGCAUCAAGACGCGCUCGCAGGCCCGCGCCAAUCCCGACCGCUACACAACCGUGCCGGCGCCAUUGAAGAUCGUCAAGGUGCUGGUCGAAGAGCUGGCCGCGGCCUCGGGCAGCAAGGAAAUCGACGCUGCGCAUGCGGCCGCCCUUGAGGACGCGGCUAGCGACGACGGUGAUGAUGACUGGGAGGAUGAGCCGGGUCAGGUGUUGGAUCUGGGACUGGGCAUGACCAAGCAGGAGCUGAUGAGCUAUGGCGAGGGCGGGUCGGAGAGCGUUUUUGGGGUGCGCCGGCGGGAUGAUGAGACGCAGGCCUUCCUGGGGGAGUUUUUCCGGCGGGCGUCGCAGCAGCCGGGCUUCCAGGAGUUGUAUGGUGCGCUGACGGAGGAUGAGCGGGCGAAGCUACAAGCCCUGGGCUGA